CCCAGAGUCAAACUGGCAUCCUCCUGGUGCAUGGGAUGGUGCUCAAUCAACUGAGCCACGCCACCUGGCAGUGUUGUACAAUGGGUUUAGAUAAAUUACUCCUUUAAAAAAAAAAAAUCAAGAACUUUUAAGAGUUGUAGAGAACUGAUAUGGAUAUUGUCAUUUUUAGAAGAUUAAAGAGAAUAUUGUAAACAUCCUAAAAAUUAAUUUUAAAUAGCUUUUCUGUUUUAAAAAAUUGGAUGUUUAAGCUUUGGUUCUUAUAUUUGAACUGUCAUCAGUUAUUUGUUUUUGUAUAUUAAGAACUCAAGAGACUCAACUUGCUGGCUGUGUGACCAUGUUUCAGCAAAUUGGACAAUGGCAGCUGAGUGGGUUUUGAAAAUAUCUUAAGUUUAGUGGGCUGCAUGUACCUUCUGCUUUCGCUCUACAGUUUACAAAAGAAUAAAUGGGAUGUUUGAGAAGACAGCUGUAUUAAAAGAAGAGUGUUGCAAAUGGCUUCAGACUCUAUGAGUGCAAAACAAGCUAGGAAUCACUUCACAAAGGGGAAAAGGCAACAGCACCAGCAGAUAAAGAACAGAUCUUUAGUCGGCGAUGGCGAUGGCGAUGGAGACGACUCCUUUAUCUUUGAAGCACAGGAAGCUUGGAAAGAUUUUCAUGGGUCUCUUCUUCGGUUUUAUGAAAGUGGAGAACUCUGUGAUGUCACACUAAAGGUUGGCUCAAAGUUAAUCUCUUGUCACAAACUGGCAUUGGCUUGUGUUAUUCCCUACUUCAGGGCCAUGUUUCUCUCUGAAAUGGCUGAAGCCAAGCAGGCAGUGAUUGAGAUCAGAGAUUUUGACGGUGAUGCAAUAGAAGACCUGGUCAAGUUUGUGUACUCUUCACGUCUCACUCUGACUGUUGACAACGUCCAGCCUCUCUUAUAUGCGGCCUGUAUUCUGCAGGUUGAACUGGUGGCCAGAGCUUGUUGUGAAUACAUGAAGUUACAUUUUCAUCCCUCCAAUUGUUUGGCAGUAAGAGCUUUUGCCGAAAGUCACAAUCGAAUAGACUUAAUGGACAUGGCGGAUCAGUAUACCUGUGAGCAUUUUACUGAAGUAGUGGAGUGUGAAGACUUUGUAAGUGUGUCACCCCAGCAUCUCCAUAAACUUUUGUCUUCCAGUGAUCUAAAUAUUGAAAAUGAAAAACAGGUCUAUAAUGCAGCCAUCAAGUGGCUUCUUGCCAAUCCUCAGCAUCAUUCCAAAUGGUUGGAUGAAACACUUGCACAGGUUCGUUUGCCGCUUUUGCCAGUGGAUUUUCUUAUGGGUGUUGUGGCAAAAGAACAGAUUGUCAAGCAAAAUCUAAAAUGUAGAGAUUUAUUGGAUGAAGCAAGAAAUUACCACCUUCACUUGAGUAGCAGAGCGGUACCUGACUUUGAAUACUCUGUUCGGACUACACCAAGGAAGCAUACUGCUGGUGUGCUGUUUUGUGUGGGUGGUCGAGGUGGAUCUGGUGACCCUUUUCGCAGUAUUGAAUGCUACUCUAUCAACAAGAACAGUUGGUUCUUUGGACCAGAAAUGAAUAGUCGAAGGCGACAUGUGGGUGUAAUCUCUGUCGAAGGUAAAGUGUAUGCCGUGGGUGGACAUGAUGGAAAUGAACAUUUAGGUAGCAUGGAGAUGUUUGACCCUCUCACCAAUAAAUGGAUGAUGAAGGCAUCAAUGAACACAAAGAGGCGAGGAAUUGCCUUGGCCUCCUUAGGAGGCCCAAUUUAUGCAAUUGGAGGGUUAGAUGACAACACUUGCUUCAACUAUGUGGAGAGAUAUGACAUAGAGUGUGAUCAGUGGAGUACAGUGGCAUCAAUGAUUACUCCCCGUGGAGGAGUUGGCUCUGUGGCUCUGGUGAACCAUGUUUAUGCAGUAGGUGGCAAUGAUGGAGUAGCUUCUUUAUCUAGUGUGGAGAGGUAUGAUCCACAUCUGGACAAGUGGAUAGAAAUUAAAGAGAUGGGUCAGCGAAGAGCAGGCAAUGGAGUUAGUGAGCUCCAUGGUUGCUUAUACGUUGUUGGUGGUUUUGAUGAUAAUUCUCCUCUAAGUUCAGUUGAGCGGUAUGACCCUCGAAGCAACAAGUGGGAUUAUGUAGCAGCACUUACCACUCCCAGGGGUGGAGUGGGGAUCGCAACAGUGAUGGGCAAAAUCUUUGCAGUUGGUGGUCAUAAUGGCAAUGCAUACCUAAAUACAGUAGAAGCAUUUGAUCCAGUGCUGAACAGGUGGGAGCUUGUUGGAUCUGUGUCUCACUGCAGAGCUGGAGCAGGCGUAGCUGUGUGUGCCUGUUUAACUAGCCAAAUUCGAGAUGUAGGUCAUGGACCCAAUAAUGUGGUUGACUGUAUGUGAUCUGAGUUCCAGCCAUCGACAAUUUAGUCAUCUCUGAUAGUCAAGAAAGAAGACCAGGAUUUUGUAUGAACAGUUUUAACGACUAUUAUAGAGUCUUAUUUAAAUGUAAACUUGUUGUAUUGUGACUAAGUGCAACUUUUGGAAUAGUAGAUAAAGAAUUAUUAGUAAUAAAGUUAAAUUUUAUACUUCCCACUUUAGCAAAUAAUUGAGUAGGGAAGGAGGACAUUUGAACCUGGAACCAUACCGUCUCUGAAAAAUGUUUAAAGUAGUGCCAAAUGUUGAAAUUGCCAUUUAAAAGAUUGUGGAUGAAUCAAAAUGUAAAACAGUCACUUGCUGAGUUUUACUUUGUGCGUGUGUGUGUGCCUAAAGGUGUUAACCUUAGGCAGUGGAUUUUUCCUAGAGGGGAGAUUACAAUAUAUUCAUCAACACCAGGAUAUAGAAGAGACCUCUUUUUGAAGAUCAGUUCUGCUUAGUGCUGAUGAAUUUAUGUCUUGCUUUUUUCUAGGUGUUGAUUUUUCAAUUUCUUGGAUAUUGACAGAAAUAGAAACAAAUGUUUGAUGUCUCUGCAUGCCACUUGGCUCAAAGCUUAUAGGAGUGUUAUGAGGUCUUAAUUUCAGUUUGAAUUGUUAGGACACCAAAGACCUAGCUGAACUAUCCAUCUGAACGAAUGUACACUUUUAUCUUUUCAUCUUAUACAACAAAGGAAUUUUUUCAUAAUCAAAAAUUGAACCAGUGUAAAUAUUAGAGGAAGGCUUUAGGGCUGAUGUUAUUCUAGUGCCCAGUCAAGAGACCUUGAGAAAGAACGGCACUGAUUAUGUGACUCCUUAAUGAGGGGAGCCUGAAAAUGUGUUCGACACUCUUUUUUUGAUUUAAUUACUUGAUUUUGAACUUCCUAUUUUGCUACUUGCCACCAUUCUGGUGUUUCUAACUGUACAGAAUCUGGGUUAAUUUAUUAUGAAUGAAAAUGAAUGCAUUUUUACAUAAAUCUUAUAUAGACUCUAGUUAACUGAUUAGUUCACAUCCAUCACUACCAGUAAAAGACACUAUUGGUAGAAACAAGAGAAAGAUUUAAACUACUUUUUCCCCAUUUUAUUUAAUUCCCUUCAGUAUAUUUAUUUAACUUGAAUUGAAAAUAUUUCUGUACAUUAAUUUGAAGCCAGGAUUUAAAUCACACACCUACUGAUUUAAUAGCUCUUCAUGGUUUUAACCAGCAUUAUAAAAUGGCCUAUUCCAUCAUAUGCAUAUAUUUUUAUACAUAUUUAUGAGGAAUAUCUUGUAUUUGCAAUGUAGUUUGGCACCUCUUUUCUAGGUCUUCCUAAAUUUUCCUUUGGUCUUCCUAAAUUUUCCUUUAGUCAUGCCUUAGAAUUUAGUAUAAUUUGCUGCUGGUCAGUCAUCUGGUUCACAAGGAAGAACACUAAGCCCACCUGAAGUUCAUUGCCUAGUCACUCUGUGGUCUUCAUUAAAUGGCAGCGUGGGCUUGUCAGUGCAGUAGGUCAAAAAGCCUCAUUACAAAAGCCAGUGCAUAAUUGGGUAUAGUGGACCAUCCCCCCAAAAAGAAAAAAUUGUAAGAAGGCUCAGGCUGGCAGAAAAAGGUCUUUCAUGAAGCAGAUUUAAAAGUUCCCAAAUUAUGCCAUUUUUUGCUAUCAACCUGUAAGUGAGUUCCUUUGUCACAGCUGGAUCUGAACCAGUGGUCUCAUAUAUAACUAAAACCAUAUUUCAGUCAAUCCCGAAAGCAUUUAACUCUACAGCACUUUCUAAACUGGCUACAGCUGGCUGGAUGUAGAGACUAAGUCUCAAAACCUGGCUUCAACUGUGUACUUUUCAUAUCUAAUGCUGUUCUUGUAUCACAGUGCUUGUCUAGGUAUGGCCAGUAGUCUGCUGUUUAUUUUGUGGUGAAGGGGCUUUUGAUCUUAUUUCUAAGAUAAUUUAAAAUGUCUUUUUCUUUAACAUUUCUGCCUUUGUCAUGUGUAUAGAGUAUAGGAACAUAAAGUUGUUACAUUUCCAAUUCUCGUUUUUAUUAUACACUAGUCAUCUAACAUGCUAAGUUGGUAUCCCAGGCACCCAUAAAAUAGGAACUGCUCAUAAGAGAAGGCAGGUGAAGCAAACAGGACAUGUGGCUGGCGGUUACAUUGUGUGCGGGUAGUCAGCAUAGCCUCGAGGGACCUGACGGUGGCAUGAAAAGACAAAUAGUGGAAUCAGUAUGCACAGUCUCUUUAUUAAAAACACAUUCUUUGAGAUAUGAAAUGAGAAUCAGGCCAAAGGAAUCAUGCAGUUGAACGAUGAUUAUGUUCAUAAGUGUAAAGAGAUGAAAUAUUCAGAGAUGGCUCCUUAAUUGUGAGGCCUGUUACUUUAACCUCAGAUGUUAAUAGCGCCUACCAAAAAGUGAUAUAAAGUAGAGCUAAAUUUUGAAAUUGUAAAUGGGAAAAAGAAAAAGUGAAAAUUUGCAUAUUAUUUUUUCAAGAUAUAUUUCUAGGUGCUUUUGUGUGAGUCUCCCAUUAGUCACUAAAGCCACUGCUUUACUGUAUUGCACUGCCACUUUAAGAACAAAUUACUUGAUACUGUUUUUGACUAAUUUCACUAUAUUCUGUGUUACUAAUUAUUUUUUAAAUAUUUGAAUAAAUUUUGUAUUCCUUCUAAGGAGUAUUAUUCAUUGUUUUAAUUCCCAAAUGUAUUUUGAACUUAAAAUGCUGUUAAAUGCCAGUUAAGAGAUUGUUGAAGUUGCAUAAACUGCUCUUGCAAAUGGUAAACAUGAAAAACAUUUUUGUUCCUUUUUUCUCCGUGUGUUAUAUGGUAGAGAAUGCAUUUGGAAUCUAAUUCAUGUCUUAUCAGUUAAGAAUGUUUUCUGUGGUUUCUCAUAUCAGACUUUUAAAGAAUUAUUAUUGGGGAUGUUGUUGGCUCUGUCUCUUUUUCUUAAAAUUGUAUGUAUAUUUGUGUGGUAAUACUCCAGAGCAAAUCAAAAUAAUAAAUUAUCAUAUACACUAUCAAGUACUGAGAUCAAA